AUGCUCAUGAGCGAUGGACUGUUGCGCGUAUUCUGGCCAUAUGAUCUCCCACGAUCCUCGUCACCGGGUGUGAUCGUCGGGUGGCGGAACUCGGAGCUUGAUUUGUUUGUGCUCACGGUGCUGGAAGAUGUCGAGCCUCGAAAUGUCGAUAAUGCGCUUCGGGCGGGAAUUCUCUUUCGAAACAGCCCUCACCCAGUUGUGCGCAUCUUCACUCUAUGUGGACGCUCUCAGAUGCAUGUCCUCGGUUCGACCAACUCUCAGGAGCCUCCGACAUCUUUCAACCCUUCCCACCUUGAUGUGACUACAACUUCAUCUCUGAAAGCCCCUCACAUAUUUUGCCCACCAGAGGCAAAUCUGUCUGUCCAGGUUAUCAUGUAUCACCGCCCGCACCCAACACGCAUGGAAUAUAUGUCGCUCGACCCGAUUUCCCUGGCUUUGGGUGAUAAAGCGACAAAGACGGAGAUAUGGGGCCCAUCGCCAGACAAGAUCGAAUCCGAGGAGGAAGACAAGGCUGGGGUUAAGCUGUUGGUUGAGAAGCUCAAGUUUCACACGGUCGUCAAGCACAUCCCAUCACAGAAGGAGCAAGCCCUUUCACUCAUUAUCAACCAAGUUAAUUGCGCCUACGAGAUGGGGCAGCUCAUGCACAAAAACAGUCAUUUGAUUGGAAUUCGUGCGAAGAGAAGUAUGAGCGUUGGAGAACGUGUUGUGGAAUCGGCGACAACAUUAUGGGGGCUCAUUGUCCUCUGCAUUGCUCACGUUUUCUGGCAAUGGAUUUGGCCUGUUGUUACCCGCAUUUUUGUCGUCGGGCUUGUAUGCCACCGGUCUGUUGCGGAAAUUGUCUUGCGGGUUCUCGAGUGGCGUGCUCGGCCUGAUGCUGCUGCCCUCAAGGAUAUCUCAGCAACGGCCCAGCAAUUUGAUAUCAGGCUGCAGCAAUUCUGCUACUGGCCGAUUCAAUAUGUCAAGCUUCGGCAAAGAAAGGACAACUGGGAGAGUGUCACGACCAGUCAUCCAGACUACAUUCGGUUCUAUAACAGUCUCUGGCUUGUCGCCAAUGACGUGAUCAUUGGCAUUGCCCUGGGGUCCUAUAUCAUUGAUAAUGCAAACUGGGUCGCUUCUCAAAUCAACACUGUUUUGACUGGCUGGACAGUCGAGGGACUACAGCGCACUAUCUCAUGGCUAAUGGAUUGGCCAGCGGGUUUGAAACUCAACAAUGAGCUUGCUGCUUUCCUCGGUGACUUGUUCCUAUGGGUCAUUGAAAACUGGGCCGCUUGUAUUGCCAAUCUUCAACCUUACCUUCCUGCUGUCAUCUACAUUGUUGGAUGUUCAAGUUUUGCGGGAGCAAGCAUGCCGAUCGCUCUCUUUUCUGACCUUCUUUCGAUUCUGACGGUACACAUUUACUCCUUCUACAUUGCCUCCGCUCGUAUUUUCAACUGGCAACUCACCAUUAUCAUUUCCCUUUUCCAUCUUUUCCGUGGAAAGAAACGCAACGUUCUCCGCAACCGAAUCGAUUCAUGUGAUUAUGACCUCGACCAACUCCUCCUUGGCACUAUCCUCUUCACAGUCCUAUUCUUCCUACUGCCUACGGUUGUGGUGUUUUACCUAACUUUUGCCUCGGCCCGCAUGUUAAUUAUUUCAAUGAAGGCAGCGCUUGACACCUGCCUCGCUUUCUUGAAUCAUUUUCCGCUCUUCGCAUUGAUGCUCCGCGUGAAAGACUCACGACGGCUCCCAGGAGGCAUCCGAUUCGAGCUUCGGAGUGAGCCAAACAAGAACCCAACGGAAAGGGACUCUUCUGCGCUUGUUUCUUACAUCCAUCUCGAGUCUAUUCCCCUCUCCCUGCGUGCAAUGUUCGACCAGUACUUCCAGCUGGGCCACCGGCUCCGGAAACACUACCUCGCGCCUCGUGUCAUCUUCUGCCUUAUGACCGGUCGUUUCGUGCCACCUAUCCACCGCCGCAACCUCUAUAGCAUGCAGUACAGCAUGCUACCUGCCCGUCGGGCCGGUAUGGCAGAGGUGUGGACAUUGCUCACCCAGCCCAAGAAAGGCAGUGGUGGAAGCAGUGGCUCUGGGUCUAUAGGUGGAGGUAUUGGAUCACUAAGUAAUCCAGUGCCUAGGGUCCCGGCGAACUUUGGUCAGGGUGAUCUUCGAAGACGGGGUCAUCGCUAA